CCGAGUUAGACUCUCUCUCUACUACUAGAUGGAAAUGUCGUAAGGCCGGAGAGGCACGCUCUGGGUUUGCGACCUUAGUUCUCACUUUCCGGCCAGUACGGAGAUCCCUGAAGGCUGGUUGGGUUGGUGAGGCCUGAGGAAUAGCCCUCAGCUGCUGCUCCAGCCCCAUGAUUCCCUGCCUGCUGCCAUGCUCUCUGACAUGACGGUCCUGGACUCUCACCCUCUGAAACUGUACCCUAAAUACAUUCUUCUGUAAGUUGCAUGGUCAUGGUCACAGCAAUAAAAGCCUUAGCUGUCCUGGAACUGGUUCUGUAGACCAGGUUGGCCCACCUCUACCUCUUGAGUACAGUGACUAAAGCCUCUGGAGUUUCCGAGAAGCCGUGCUCAACCCAGGAUGGACCCUGUGGUCUUGAGUUACAUGGACAGUCUACUGAGACAGUCAGAUGUCUCACUAUUGGACCCGCCAAGCUGGCUUAAUGACCAUAUUAUUGGGUUUGCUUUUGAAUACUUUGCCAAUAGUCAGUUUCAUGAUUGCUCGGACCAUGUGUGCUUCAUCAGCCCUGAAGUCACCCAGUUCAUUAAGUGCACCAGCAACCCUGCAGAGAUUGCCAUGUUUCUUGAACCCCUGCGUCUUACCCACAAACAAGUUGUAUUUUUAGCCAUUAAUGAUAAUUCCAACCAGGCAGCUGGGGGUACCCACUGGAGUUUGUUAGUUUAUCUACAAGAUAAAAAUAGCUUCUUUCAUUAUGAUUCCCAUAGCAAAAGCAAUUCAAUCCAUGCAAAGCAGGUAGCAGGGAAACUGAAAGCUUUCUUAGGGAGCAAAGGAGACAAACUGGUCUUUGUGGAAGAGAAAGCGCCAGCUCAACAGAACAGCUAUGACUGUGGGAUGUACGUGAUAUGCAACACCGAGGCCUUGUGUCAGAACCUCUUUAGACGGCAGCCAGAGUCCCCGCUGCAGCUACUCACCCCGACAUACAUCACAAAGAAGCGGGCGGAAUGGAAAGAUCUAAUUGCCAGGCUUGCUAAAAAAAAAGAAGGAGCUACUGAAGAAUGCUUGUGAUGUUUGAAGUCUCCUCUUUCUGCCUUUCCCUAUGUGACAGCAUCAGUGCCUGAGGGAAAAACACUAGUAGAAGAAAGUUUACUAUGCCUGCUUCUUUGUUGUUUUGAAAGAAUGUCAUCCUCUGCGUUAUCUGAAUGGGAAGUUCACUUUAGCCCUGAGGAGAGCAGUGUGUUCUGUGAAACCGGCUUGAGCUUCUGUACCGAAACCUUACAAAAAAAAAAAAAAAACCUCAUUAUACAGUGUCAAAUAAGAGUCUUCCUUUCUUGUUGGUAUAAAAUUAAUUCCCUUUUCGUCUCCCUUCCUUCCUCACUGGCUUAUCCCAGAAAAGAAGUGAGUUCUAAGGCAAACCAAUGACAUACGAAAUCUAAAAACAUGCCAUAAAGAAAACAGCGGAAGACCCAAAAUCGUGUUGCCCAGCCAUGGUGAGAGGUGUCUGACUGGAAGUAGAUCAUGACUAACUCCACUUAUGGCCUUCAUAUUAUAAAAACAAGGCAUUCUCUGAUAGAAAACUAUCCCAUCUGCAAAUAGUUAAUAAAGAUGACUGUAGCUCAUCUUCACCUGAUUCCCGAGUGCUUUAAAAUAAAUGGCUGUGGACUGGGAACAGAACUUUGAGGUAGAGCACCUGCUGUGUUGUACUGGAAGCCCUGGACUCAAUUCCAACCUACAGUUAAAAACACAAACACUAGUGUGUGCUGCAUCUCUUGGUCAGCUCAGUGAUUGGGUAAAUUGGCUCCUCCAGAUUAAUAAUGCCUUUUCCUUAAGCAUGUGCAUAUUCCCUCAUUUUUUUUCUAACAUGCUUUGGUUGUAGAACUCACAGUUGAUCACUAACCAAGAUCAGCUGUUAUUUCAAGACAUGUUUCUCCUUUGGGUAGCUAUAGCUUUUACAUUAAUUUGGCAGAGAUGUGUUCAGUUAUGGCAUGGUAAUCUCCAGACUAUUGAUGUUAUGAAACAGAGGCCGUUUAUUUUAAAAAAGUAAAGAAGUCACCUUUCUCAAACUUCAUUCAAAAUGCAGACACUAGAGUUUUAAAAGAUGGAACCAAGUGUAAAGAGAAAUACUCUCCCUCACAAUGCUAUUGAUAAGGGUUUUGUGUUGUUGUUUUCAGUAAUUUACACAAAAAUUGGACAGACACAUUAAUUAGGUACCUGAUGACAAUUUGUAAUGCAUAUGGGAUGUAAAAACCAACGACGUGAUUCACCCACUGAAACUGACUUCAACUACUUCUCCACUCUAACCCUGAUCCCAGCCUUCAUGACCCAAAAUACCCUUUCCUGUCAGCAACCAGAGAGGUAGUUACUCAGUUCCUUGGAGCCAGGAAGGGGAAGAUGGUAAAAGUGUAGAAGCACAGGCUACAGAAGCUGCUUCAGUAAAACAGGAUCUGAAACAAGUUAGAAAAAGGAAAACAAGUUUCCAUUUCAAGUUAGUAUGUUUCAAACCAAAAGACUUAAUGAAAGAUAUGAGGCAGAAAAAAUCUUAGAAAUUGGCAGUGAGCCUUAGAUGAAACAACAGCAUAGGGACAGUGGUUGCUUAUAGGCCAACAGUGGAGAUAAAGACAGCAAAGCAGUGUCAUUUCAGUGACUGUUGACUUAGGCAGCUGAUCUAGACCAUCAGAGAAUCUACCCUCUCUGGGGAAACUUGUCUUUCUGAUAAUACAAAGUAUGCUUGUUGGCUUAAAUAUCAGAUAGACUCCCAUUUAAGCAUAUGAGAGCAGUCUUACCUAAUGCCCUAAGAAAUGAAUUAUUUUUUUAACUAAACUACUAAGAUUUUCUUUAAAAAUAUAAAAAUGUAUUCUCUUUUUCCAAAUACAUCAUAUAGUUGAAACCAAGCCACAAGUUAGUCUCUUUUUAAAAUAUGAGUAGGCUUGGAGAGAUGGCCCAGAGGGCUAAGAUGUGUGCCACCAAACCUGAGGACCUGGAUUUGAUCUCCAGGUCCUACUUAGUAGAAUUGGCUCCUUGUAAAUUGUCCUCUAAGUGUAAGAAAAUCUUGAAUGUAUCAUUUGAAAGUGUUGACAUUGUAAAUUACAGGGGGGUUUGAGACAGGAUUUCUCUGUGUAGCCCUGGCUGGCCUUGAACUCACAGAGAUCCACCUGCCUCUGCCUGGCCUUUUAAUCUUUUUGUUUGUUUGUAAAUAACAGAGUUUGAGCUGACACCAUAUUAUUUCACUAGAUAGCAGGAUAGUCCAUAAGCUAUAAAACCUUCUCAACCAUACACCAUUAAUGAUAUACUAAUAAUACUAUACUGCUAAUAAUAUAAAUAUAUUAAUAAUACUAAUUUAAUAUAAUACAGUUUUGAUUUCAGAUAUCCUAUUGUGCUGCCCCAUAAAUAUAUUAAAAUUUGCCCAACCUGGGUCUCAAUAUGAAGUUGAGAAGUUAUCAUAUAUAAAUUCAACAUUAGCUGGUAAUGUAUAUAGUAACAUAUAUACAUAUAUAAGUGUGUGUGUGUGUGUGUAUAUAUAUAUACAUAUACACUCUACCUUGGCCAUACCUUCAACCCUAUUGUUUAUUUUUUCACUUUGGGUUUUGGGGUUGGGUUGAAUUUUUUUUGUUUUUUUGAGAAAGGACUUCUCUGUGUAGCUGUAGCUGGCCUGGAACUCAGGUCUGCCUGCCUCUGCCUCCUGAAUGCUGAGAUUAAAGGUCGUGUGUGCCACCAAACCUAGCUCUCUCUCUCUCUCCAUAUGAUUCUCAUAACCCUAGUCAUUCUAGAAGUCACUAUUUAGACCUGGCUGGCUUCAAACUCAGACAGAGGUCCACCUGCCUUCUCUGCCUUCCAAAUGCUGAGAUUUUAUUUUAUAUUUUUUUGAGUCAAGGUUUCACUUUGUAGCCCAGGCUAGCCUGAAGCUCACUAUAUAGCUAAUGCUGGCCUGGAACUCACAGCAGUUCUUUGGCCUCAAGGCCCCAAAUUCUGGGAUUAAAGAGUAGAACCACCAUGCCUUGCUAAUUUGAGAUUCAGGGCAGCUCUGUGGAACAAUGCUCGUGUGUUUAGGUGAGUGUGAUGAGGACUGACUAGCAGUGGGAAACAUGACAGACACUGAAAUAAGCAUUACUUCCCUCUGUCAUUCUUUCUCCUUGCAUUUUAAAAACCAAUAGCAAGUUUCAAAAACUUUGUUUUAGCUAGGCAUGAUGGUGCAGGUCUCUAAUCCCAGCUCUUCAGGAAGCUGAAAGGGGAGGGAUGCAAAAUACAAGGCCAGAAAAGAGGCUGGGCAGUGGUGACUCAUUCCCUUGAUCCCAGCAUUUGGGGGCAGAAGCAAGUGGAUCUCUGGGAGUUAGAGGCCAGCCAGGUAAGUAAAAGGGGACUGGGUAUGAUACAGUUCAGUGGUAGAGCACUUGUCUGUCAUGCUUUGAGGACCCAAGUUUGGUCCCUAGUUUUCUACGGAUACAAACAAAAUUAAAGUUAGACUGGCUGCAGUUAGAAGCAGUCGAUGAGUCGCAUGUAGCAGGCACUCAGGAGGCAGGGGCAGGAGGGCCUCUGCGUCCCAGGACAGUCGUGAGGAAAUAGUGAGGCACUGUCUCAACAAUUUUUUUAAAGCCUGAUAAGUACUACUAAGUUCAAACAAGAAACUUACUCAAGUACAGUAAAUGCUAACAAAUAACCCACAUAGCAUACUGCGUUACGCAGUUAAGUACUUGAGAUACCCAUAAAAAUGUAUGUGCACAUAUUGCUGUAUUUUAAAGUACUAGAUACAUUAUAAAGGUUUUUACACAUAUAUAGUCAUCUUUUACUGAUGCCUUUUUUUUUUCAGGGAUGGGGAAAUUGAGACAGUCUCUCAGCCCGGGCUGGCCUAGAGCUUGCUCUGCAGUCACACCUGGGACUGGAACCUCGGGUGCUCAGGCCUCCACCUCUAGAGGAUGAGAUACAGGUAGAUGCCUCCACUCCUGCCUAAUCUCACUUGUUCUCAUGUCUUCUUUCCAGGUGUCACUAUUCCCAUUUUAUAAUAAACUCAAAGAAUGUUAACCAUGCCACCUGUGUCUCCUCACAUCCUGCGCACCUAACCCUCCCCCACCUGAGAAAGCAAGGCAAGAAGUCCUUGCUCGAAUAACUUCUAAUGCAAUCUUGCUUUCCUUUCGGAAUUUAACAUGUUCUGCUGGUGUGCUGCAGAAACUAGCAGUAACUGCCACAUAACUGUUAGGCAGCAGAAGCUGGGUAGGAACUGGCUUUGUUUUAUACAUUAGGUCAUCGUUGGACGAGCUCCUGAUGUCGAUGUACUGAUCUAAGGUUCUGGAAAAAGCCCUACUGUACACUUCCUAUUUUAAAUGGCCCUUCAUAUUUUUUAUAUAUGAAAGAUGGGGAAUAUAACAAGAACAGACAUCUGGAGAAUCUAUUAAAAGGGAAGGGGGGACUUUAGGGAUGUGUCAAAAAAUCAAGACUCAGCAAAGAUAAAGUGUUUUACACAAUGUAAGGAAAACUAGUCACCAAGUUCCAACAAGAGGUGGAAUUUCCAUUAAGGAAAAUGAAGUGUUAAA